UUGGCUCCCCGGUCCCCUUUCCCUCAAACCCCGAUAAAUCAAUGGCAGCCAGCGCACCCAGUCUCUUUUGUUGAUGUUUUCUAAUAGACCUUUCUCUCUCCAAGAAUGACGUCAGCCGCAUUCACCACCAUUUCCCUCCCCUUAUGAUUUUUUUUUUUUGUGUGUUUAAAACUUUUUUAGAGGGGGCCACAAAGACCACUUUGCCCGGGGGAAAAAUAGCGACAAGAUUAGGGUUUCUUUUCAAGGCCCCGGCAUUAGUUGCUGCUAAUCCGAAUUGGGCUAAUUGAUAGUCUGUAAAAUCUCAGUCGUAACCUGAAGAUGUUGCCCGAAAUUUCCCCCUACUAGAUGGACUAAAACGACAGCUCAUUUGUUCAUUGUUUUUUUUUUUUUUUUUUCCUUCGUUUGUGAUAACACUCUCUUCAGUCUACCUGAUUAUGAAGGCGAGGUUAUCUUGCAAACGCACGGCGUGCAAAUUAUGCUAAAAACGGCAACGACAACAGAGGACUCCUCGUCAUCCUAAAGAAACAAAGAGGGUGGAUUUACAGCUGUGCAAAGAAAUAAGAGAUAUCUACUGGAGCUAUUGGUUCCGAUAAAACUAAGUGCGCGACAGGUUCGUCUGGGAUCCUGCCCUGCGGGGAAGUGAAGGACGACAAAAUCGGGGAUUUCCAUUAAUACCGAAGAUCACUGGGAAAAACUAUUUUACUGCAAACUCUUUUAAGAAAUUCUCCGGCAUUCCCACUCCAUCUCAGUGGCGUUUCAGAACUCCUGACAGGGGCUUUGACAGCGGCGCAGGAUGCCACAGAAAGGAAGACAAUAACUAGUGAGCGGCACAUGAGAGAGUCAUUAAAUUGUUUUAAGCGGACAGACAACUGUGUUUCCAGAAUACUAUAACCGAGCCACGUGGGACUCUGGCGUAGCCUCCAUGAUGCAGAACAGUCACAGCGGUGUGAACCAGCUUGGCGGCGUGUUUGUCAACGGUAGACCGCUGCCUGACUCCACGAGACAGAAGAUAGUCGAGCUCGCGCACAGCGGCGCGCGACCGUGCGACAUCUCCAGGAUCCUGCAGACCCAUGCUGAUGCAAAAGUCCAAGUGCUGGACAAUGAAAACGUGUCGAACGGGUGCGUAAGUAAAAUCCUGGGCAGGUACUAUGAGACGGGCUCCAUCAGACCCAGGGCGAUCGGAGGCAGCAAACCAAGAGUAGCGACCCCUGAAGUGGUGGGGAAGAUCGCCCAGUACAAGAGGGAGUGCCCUUCCAUCUUCGCGUGGGAAAUCCGAGACAGGCUGCUGUCGGAGGGGGUCUGCACCAACGACAACAUACCCAGUGUGUCUUCGAUAAACAGAGUCCUCCGCAACCUGGCUAGCGAAAAGCAACAGAUGGGUGCAGAUGGCAUGUAUGACAAGCUGAGAAUGCUGAACGGUCAAACAGGGACGUGGGGCACCCGGCCGGGAUGGUACCCGGGAACCUCGGUGCCAGGACAGCCAAACCAAGAUGGCUGCCAGCCACAGGACGGCGGUGGGGAGAACACCAACUCGAUCAGCUCGAACGGGGAGGAUUCGGAUGAGACCCAGAUGAGACUUCAGCUCAAAAGGAAGCUGCAGAGGAACCGCACAUCCUUCACCCAGGAGCAGAUAGAGGCCCUGGAAAAAGAAUUUGAGAGGACUCACUAUCCAGACGUUUUCGCCAGAGAAAGACUAGCCGCCAAAAUCGACCUUCCAGAAGCUAGAAUACAGGUGUGGUUUUCCAACCGGAGAGCCAAGUGGAGGAGAGAGGAGAAGCUGCGAAACCAGCGGAGACAGGCCAGCAACUCCUCCAGCCACAUUCCUAUCAGCAGCAGCUUCAGCACGAGCGUCUAUCAGCCCAUCCCGCAGCCCACGACGCCGGUGUCUUUCACCUCGGGCUCCAUGCUAGGAAGGUCAGAUACCGCCCUUACAAACACAUACAGUGCUCUGCCACCCAUGCCAAGCUUCACCAUGGCAAACAACCUACCCAUGCAGCCCCCAGUGGCCAGCCAGACAUCCUCCUAUUCCUGCAUGUUGCCCACCAGUCCGUCAGUGAAUGGGCGGAGCUACGACACAUACACCCCCCCUCAUAUGCAGGCACAUAUGAAUAGCCAGUCAAUGGCAACUUCUGGCACCACCUCAACAGGUCUCAUCUCGCCUGGAGUAUCUGUCCCAGUCCAAGUCCCAGGUAGUGAGCCAGACAUGUCUCAGUACUGGCCAAGACUACAGUAAAGAGAAGAGCUACAUCAUUUUGUGACUUUCCACUGAAAGUUGGCUGUCCAGCAGUAUUGUAUACAAAAAAGAAAAAAAAAAAAAA